AUGUAAAGCCCAUCCAUAAAAGUUAAAAGGGUGAACCAGAAGCUGUGAAUCAACACCUCCAAGCAUAAUUAGGUGAGCAUUACUAGGCGAGUACACACAUGAAGCCAACAAAUAAUUGUAAAUACCCUUCUCUACAGCCGGUGAUUCCCAUAACCCACAACUUGGAUCCAAUAAAGCUACUCACUGACGACGCUACCAUCGCCGGCUGGAACAACGAGGGUCUUCCCUCUGACAGAAUGUCCACUGAGAAUGCUAUCAUCCUCACUAACUCUGACCGCUGGCCCCUCAUCAUCGAUCCCCAGCUGCAAGGCAUCAAAUGGAUCAAGGCGCGAUACGGCGAUGCGUUGGUGGUGUUGCGUCUGGAUCAGAAGACCUGCAUCGACCACCUGGAGGUGGCCAUCACCAAGGGCAGCACUGUCUUGAUCGAGAACCUCCCAGAGAAUCUUGACCCAGUUCUUGAUCCACUCAUUGGCAAAAAUCUCAUCAAGCGAGGACGGGCGCUGAAGAUAGGUGACCGAGAGAUUGAGUAUAACUCAAGCUUCCAGCUGAUCCUACACACCAAGCUGGCCAACCCUCACUACAAGCCAGAGCUGCAGGCACAGUGCACUCUCAUCAACUUCACUGUCACCAGAGACGGUCUUGAAGACCAGCUCCUUGCUGAGGUUGUCAAGGCUGAGAGACCAGACCUUGAGGAACUUAAGAUUUAG